CAGGUGUCUAGAAAAAUAUAUCAGUUAGUUUCAGAACUAAUAACAACCUGUACCAAAAUGUUCAAACUCGUAGUUUUGUCUGUUGUGCUCGCCGUGGCGGUAGCUGACCCCAGUGCCGUUUGGGGCACUGGCUUGGCUACUCCCUUGUCUGCUGGCUGGGGCGCACCCUGGAACGUUGGAGUCGCCACCCCCUGGGCUGCAUCGAUUGCCGCUCCUCUUGCUGCUCCAGUGGCUACAGUCUCUGUCGGUGGUCCCGCACACUGGAUUAAAAAGAGGUCGAUUGUAGCUGCUCCUUGGCCUGCCGCUCCCUUGGCCGCUACCCCCUUGACUUGGGGUCGCUCAUGGGUUGGCCCCGCAGCUCCUCUUGCCGUCGCUGCUCCCGUCGCUCCAUGGGGUUUAGGAGUCGGUGCUCGUGUAGGACACCUAUGGUGAAGUUCAACAGAAUAUAGUGUAGGAUCGUCAAAAUAAAUGAAAGAGCACCCUA